UCUGUUGAUGCAAAAAUUGCGCGCAGAAAAAUAUUCAUUCAAAAGACGAGUUAUAAACAAUAUUAUAAACAUGGCAAAAUACCGACAAUACAGUAUAAGUGGUAUAACAAACUAUCUUUGAAGCUUUGAGAAAUUAUGUUGUUCAAAUUGCAGGUAACAUUUUUGGUUGUAAUAAGAACGAAGUUUCGCGCUUUGUGGGUGAAGAUGUUAAGCAGUUCAUGCAAACGAGCAAAUACUGCGAAACUUAUUCACUACCUAUAAAAAAUGAAGAAUUGCCUAUCCGACUGUUCAAAUUGCAAGUUUAUUAUUUGAAUAACAAGACCCUGAAAAAACUAUUGAUUCUAGCGAAGGACCGUAUCGGAAAAUUAUCUACCAAAGAGUCUCGUCAAGAAUUUGGCUACUUUGUGUGUAGUGGAAUUAGGACGGAAAUCAGCGACUUUAUGCGAAGAAUAUUAGGACAAGGGGAACAUCUACUAGAAACAAGAAACUUCCAUGAGAUUUACACGAUCGAAAAUUCUCUACCGAAAAUAGUGCACGUUGUAGAAAGAAAGUGGGCAAGUUCGAUGAAAGGUUUGGAUAGAUUAGAACGAGAUUAUUAUCAUGCAAUAUUGGAAUGGUACUGGUUGAAUCUUCUUAUUACCUACGAAAGCAAAAAGUGCGAAGAAAAUAAGAAACUAUUUGAGGCAGCAUUUCGUAAAUUGUUGGAAAACCUCACUAGACUGGCUUUGUUUAAGUAUAAAGCAAUAGGACAAGAGGAGCUGUUGAACCAGAAUCAGUUCAUUUGUCCGUGCACUGAGAAAUUAUGGAUUGGAUUGAUGUGUUUGUCAUCGGCCGAAAAUAACAUAAAUUUCUGGGAUUGUCUGCAAAAAGUUUUAGACAACGUUGAAAAAGAACGACGAACACGAAGAACUUCGAAGUUAUCGGCCCAUGAUUUUCUUUUUCAUGUAUGGUUCAUGAACGGCAUAGUAUCUUUGUAUCAGUAUCAAAUAUUGCACGGUGUAGUUUCUACGCCAGUAAUAACUCUUGCCGCAGAAUACUCUAUACUAGACAGAGCUGUCCAAGAUAUUAUUCAAGGUAGCAAGUCCGAGCAACAAAUGAGGAUAAUUAUACUUUUGCUGAAACCUAUAUACACCCAGUGGUGGCCAAUGCGAUAUGAUUUUAUUAUCGCGCUAUGGGACUAUUUCCGCAAACGUUUGAACCUUUCAUUUCAAUUGCCUUCUGAAAAGCUGAAUAAAAUGGCAUUCAUUGGCCAGUCGCCAUCGUCUCUUUUAGAACAAGCACGUAUACGAGCCAGCCAGGAAGAAUUUGAAAAGCUUAACAUUGAAGAGUCAAGUUAUAAAUUAUUUUUAUCAAUUUUGGCUUUUGUGGUUCGACAUUAUACAACAGCUGGUCUAAGCGUUAAAGUACAAAUCCUUUUUCUUCGAACAAUUCUCAGCAUUGCACCCCCAAAGAUGAAAAUCCUGACUGAGCAGGCGAUGUGGAACCUUGCACUUUUAGGGCUUACUAUGCUAAAAGCUACUACCUACACCAACGAUUAUUCACGCGUUUCAAUACAACUAUUACAUCUCAGAAUAGAUCCAAGCACAAGUCCUAUAGAUUUGGAGAGUUUAGUUCGACGCACUACGACAAUAACCCUAGUUCAUACGGCUUUACUUUUGGCAUUUUGCGAGCGAGGUUUUGACAGGAGCUUACAUCUUCAACGUUUCUUGAAGGCUUUGGAGGAAGCGAGAAUCAAAUACGGUGAACGAUUACAACCGGCAUAUAGAGUGCUAUCCGAAGGAAUGUGUGCUAUAUUUUUGAAAGAUUUGAGAUCAGGUCAAUUGGAAAUAUGCGACGCAGCAUUUUUUGGCAGCUGGUUACGAAGCUACCUGAAACGAUGUAAAGAGAUUGAUCGCAAUCUAAUUAUAAGAAGUUCUUUCUCUUUCAUAGCUGUUAUUCGAAUACUUGAUUGUUAUCAGAGUAAAGAAAAUCUGGAAUCUGGAGAGUAUACCUGUAUUUUACAACCAUUAUACGAGAACGUAUUGCCAUACAUACGAGAAUACUUUAGCAACGAUACUGCGACAAGCCCGUUGGUUGCGGAAUUGGCGGCAAAAUUUACUUUAACAUCAUACGAGCCUCUGGCUUCAUUCUUGCCGAUGUUUACUUUUUUUGCAGAAAACGCCACCGCUAAUGCUUAUCUACGCUUCCAUUACGUUAAGGCAAUAGUAAAGAGUAAUCGAUCAAGUGAACUGAAACAAACGUUUAUUAUCAAAAAUUGGUUGAAAUUCGCGUUACUAAUUAAUCGUAAUCAGUUAAACGAUCUUUCCCGUGUGGUUUGUCGUUUGCAAGAGUUUCGAGCCUUAUGCGAAAUACCAGAAUAUGAUCUUUGUGAUAUAGAUGAUAGUCCUAUUGAAACGUUCUUUAAAUUCAUUGGACUCAAAUACAAAGAACUGGAAGGUAUUAAUGAUCGAGAGCGGUAUGAGAUGAAAAUAAAAGUUCAUUCUCUAUUUCAAAAUUUUGAUAAAUGGAUAGUGAAUCCAAAUGCCAUGGUAUUGCAUAAAAUCUUCUAUGCCCUAGCAAUUGCUUUGAAAGAAUGCGGAACAAUCAUCUACAUCAAAGGAAAUUUAUCAUGUUUAUACCACAUUGCAUUUCGUCAAUAUUUUCUUCCAACCAAUGUACUAAUGUUCAAUGACUUGUCACAGGAUAUGAUACAAACAAUGGCUAAAUUUUGGUAUCAGAUAAUGGAUGCGUUGAGUAUGAUGAAUUAUGAAGGAGACCCAACAAUCGGUGACCACGCUUUCAAUAUGAUGAUCAAAUGGGCACCGCAGUUUUUUAAGUUGAAGGAUAAAGAUGAAAUUGCGAAGCCAUUUCUGACGUUUUUUUUAACGCAGAACGAGUCUAUCAUUACUUAUGUUUUUAGUCGAUAUAUGUGCACAUACGUUCAAUUGUAUUCGUUCGCUCCUAAACCUAGAGCUGACAUCGGGCUCAAGAUUCUCCUUUACAUGCUGGAUAUAUUGUGCACAAAGAACGAAAACGGAAAGAUUGCUCUUUUCAUAAAACUAGCUGGUAAUUGCACCAUGGAGCAUGCUUUUAUAACCCACGAGUUAUCUAAAACUAGAGUUGUUGCCACAGACAUAGUUAACAAAAUGCUACAGUGCGCGCAGAAAUUAUCUGAUUCAAUCACAAUGGAAUUAAUGAAUUGUUUAGCCGCAUUUACAAAGACAUAUUUGCCUAUGUACACAACACAGUAUUUUAGUUUCAUGAACAAACUAGCUGAAAACCAUCCAACAUUUAUCAACUCAAUGAUCUCGACUGUUCGCUUACAACUGAUGGAAGUCGAACGUGCGCGUGGUGUCCAAGAAGAUAAACAUAUGCGACGGUUACUCCUGCAAUUAGAAGGUGCGAUAGGGGCGAGUUUAACUAAACUUAAGGCAAAAAUCAGGUCUGGGCUAUAGUGCAAUGAUAUUUUUAAAACACACUACACGCUUGUUAUUGAAUGCGUUAAUAAUAAAAGAUACACAU